CGGGCAGCAGAUGGACUGAGACGGGCCCUCCCCAGAGCGGCCGCCAGGGGGCGCGCGGCACCGGGAGCUUCGCGCUUUGUCCCUCCGCGCGGCCGGUCGCCGGGCGCCGCGGCGGGAAAAUCUGACUGCGCCGGCGUGUCGCCCUGUUGACGCACUCGCGCGCCUGCCCGGACCCGCCGCGGUGAUGGAGGCGGAGAAGGAGGGGGCCGAGGAGCAGCAGGGACUCUUUUACCGACAGAGGCUGAAGGCAGCCGUCCACUACACCGUGGGCUGUCUUUGCGAGGAGGUUGCCUCGGACAAGGAGGUGCAGCUCAGCAGACAGACCAUCGCGGCGAUUUCGGAGGUGACCUUCCGGCAGUGCGAAAGUUUUGCCAAAGACCUUGAAAUGUUUGCAAGGCUCUUGCCGAGGGAGCCCCUCACCUCCUUGAGGGGAAGUGGGAGGUUAGGAGACAUCUGCCCACGCUCUUUGCUACAUGCGAAAAGAAGCACAAUUAACACGGAAGAUGUGAAGCUCUUAGCCAGGAGGAGUAAUUCACUGCUAAAAUACAUCACAGAGAAAAGUGAAGAGAUCACUAAGUUUAAUGUAGAACGAAAAACAAAGAAGAAAAAGAAAUUAGAGGAUGAAAACAAAGAUUCGUUGGAGCCAGCAGAGGCUGGAGGAGUGGGAAGUGAGAAUUAAACUCUGUUACCACUUGGACAAAGCAGCCCUCAGCCGGGAGAGCCACCGAAAACGCAUAUUGCCACAAAGGGAACUUUGAAGGGAGAAGAGAUUAAACAA